UCCUCACAUAUGCGUCUCCUUUUCUCACGUGGUCAAUUUCGAUCGAACGAAGCAACCAUCGACCCUUCACCCCCCACCCCAAAUCCCCGAAUCCAAAACGAGAUCGCAUCCAAAUUCCCAAACCCUAAUCCCCAUCUCCGACUUGUCGAUCGAUUCCUUUGUAUUGAGUAGGGUUAAUUGAAGCUAUAAGCCAUGUUUAGUAGGAUUUUUGGGAAGCCAAAGGAGCAAACUAAUGCCUUGGCCACUUUGGACAAGUUAAAUGAGACACUUGAGAUGCUAGAAAAGAAGGAGAAAGUCCUCCUGAAGAAAGCAGCUGCUGAGGUUGAGAGGGCCAAGGAGUUCACCAGAGCAAAGAACAAAAGGGCUGCCAUACAAUGCUUGAAGAGGAAGAGACUUUACGAGCAGCAAAUUGAACAGCUUGGAAAUUUCCAGUUAAGAAUUCAUGAUCAGAUGAUAAUGCUGAAAGGUGCAAAAACCACAACGGAGACUGUUGAUGCAUUAAGAACAGGAGCUGCUGCAAUGAAGGCUAUGCAGAAAGCCACAAAUAUUGAUGAUGUUGACAAGACAAUGGAUGAAAUAAAUGAACAAACAGAGAACAUGAAACAAAUACAGGAAGCAUUAUCGGCGCCUAUCGGAAUUGCUGCUGAUUUUGAUGAGGAUGAAUUGGAAGCAGAACUUGAAGAGCUUGAGGGAGCAGAGUUGGAGGAACAGCUUCUCCAACCAGCUACGACUGCUCCAGUUGCUCCAGUACAUGUGCCAGCUGGUAAGCAACCGGCUCGGGCCACUCCUCAGAAAACUACUGCAACUACAGCUGAAGAGGAUGAACUCGCGGCGUUACAAGCAGAAAUGGCAAUGUAGACAGGACUUUGAUGCACAAGUGAGACCAAAUAAUGUGAAAAUUAUUGGUGAUACUUCAAUCUGGUGUUGAGAUCUCUACAUUGAUCAAGUCGAGUAUAUGUGUGUGUGUGUGUACAUCCUAGGGGGGAUAUUUAUUUAUGAUGAUAAGAACCUGCCUCACUGAUUAACUUCGUGUGUAAUGAUAGUUCCUUUGGGUUUUGUUUGUUAUCCAUGAUUGGAUUGGAUAGAACAAGAUGUUAUUUGGAGGUGUCAGGAGUUGCUGAGAGGAAUCCGAUCGGAUUAAAUAUCGUUCUCUUUGGAUGGGAUUGUUGAAUUCCACCACCUGAGAGGGAACAAAAACUUUAUGUGGAUGGUCCCCACAGCGAGACCAUCAAAUCCACUUUUCGUUCAUCAAGUAAAAAUGCGCGAAUCUCAUAGCGACGAAAAUGGUGGAUUUGAUGUUCUCAUCCUAGGGCCUUAUCCUUGCAGAACUUUUGGUCCUUUGGAGGUAGAGAUAAAAUGGGAUUUCAUUCCAAAACAUUUGGUUGUAUACCACAUCGGCUCCGCUCCCUAUUCGUUGUGAUAUCCGACACCUUUGAGUCAGUAAAUCCUUUCUCUCUU